UCCCUGUUUAAAUGGCUGCAUGUUCUUCUGCAUUUGAUCUCUCUAGCGAUUGGCUCCUCUAUGAUUUUGAUCUUCCAUAUUGGUCAGAUGAGGACUCAGAGGACAGGGAACAGAACCAGCAGCACUCACAUCUUUCCAGAGCAGCAGAGAAUUCAGUUGGUCCAUUGGCAACUCAUGACAACGAGGAAACAAGAGAUAGUGAUGGUGCAUGGCCAGCAGCUCCUGCUAGUCCUCCAGUGAGCGAGGAUGAGGACUCAGAUGUGCAGGACAGGGAGCAGAGACAGCUGUACCCACUUGGUUCCACAGACACAGAGGAUUCAGCUGAGCCCUGGACAAGUGAUUAUGAGGAGGAAGCAAUAGAUAACGAUAGUUCUAUUAACUCUAGUGAAUGGCCAGACCGUUUUGAGAGUCCUCCGACGUGGCAGGACGACGUUACAGACGACUGGGAAGAAAGCCAGCAAUGGCCACGUGCUUCCAGAUCAACAGAGAAUUCCCUUGAACUGGCCAGCAACCUUCUAGAGGAACCAAGAGAUAUUGAAUUUGAAUGGCCAGGAGGUUUUGUUAGUCCUCCCAACUGGGAGGAUGAAAACGCACAGUGGGCAUCCUUCUCCCUGAGCUUUGUUAACCUUCCCCUGGAUCUGAGCUCCAUGAAGCAUGUCAAGGCCUGA